AUGAAGAAGGGAAUUACUUCCUUAAUAGAUUCAAUCGUAGAGAAAAACCCAUACGAUUAUUCAUUAUGGGAAAAUAUAUUCACGGUGAAAUCAGAGAGUGAGGUUUUUGAAAGAGCUUUGGAGUUUUUUCCAACAAGUCCAAUAGUUUGGAAAAGAUAUAUUGAAUACCUUCAGUCCCAGAAGAGCACAGAUGAGAAAGUUUUAUUAGGUAUUUAUCAGAGAUGUAUUCAUCAAUGUUCUUGUAUAAUGAUAUGGAAGUUAUUUAUACCAUUCGUGGAUGAAAAAAUUAAUAGCUUAAAGGAUCGUUAUCAGAUAUAUCAGUUGGCAUUAGAUACAAUAGGAUCAGAUCCUAGGAGUGGGUUUAUUUGGCAAAGAAUGUAUAAAUUAAGAUUAUUAGUUUACAAUACUUUAAUAUCAAAGAAUGAGGCAAGUUUAUCUGGGAAUACAUUACUAUUAAACCCAUUUGAAACAAGUACUAUACCAAUAAUCAGUGAACAAAUUGAUGAAUGUUUUGCAUUGGGUGAUAAAAUUGCGACCAUAGUAACUUUGAGACAAUUCUUUAUACAAUGGUUAACAACUCCUGUUGGUAAUUUAGAAACUGCAUUUAUAGCAUAUUCAUUGUUUGAAAAUUCUAUUUCAAGUUCAAGCACUACUGAUGUUCCAAAUAUGAACAUUGGUAUGGUUGUAGGAGGGGUUGUUCCUGUUUCAGAAUCUGCUAGUAAGUUGGUUACUAAAAAUUUGUUACAGUCUGGAGAAAAGUUGGUAAAUGUUUCCAAGAUUGUUCAUAAGAAUAUGAUGGUGCUAGUGGAUAAUUUACAUGAGGAUAUCCCAGCAAAGCCAUUAGAUAAGAGUAAUAGAAAUGAAUGGAUGGGUAAAUUUAUUCCUUGGAAAAGAUACAUAUUAUUUGAGAAAAGUAAUCCUUUGGGAUUAGAAAAGCCACAAUAUUUCAAUAGAGUUUCUUACUCCUAUAGAAAUUGUCUUUUAUACUUUUCAUAUCACCCAGAAGUCUGGUACGAGUACUUUAUUUUUGUUUGGAACUCUCAUCCAGUUCAAUUAACUGGUAUGGAUAUGGCAACUGAACUUUUAAGUUCAGCAAUACAGCGUUUUCUACCUAAAGAUGAGAUUUUGAAGCUGGUAUUAGCUGAGGUUUAUGAGCUAAGAAAAAAAUUAGAUAAAGUGAUGCAUUUAUAUCAUUCAAUGGUUUAUAUUGAGAGUUCUGGAGAAGUCAUUCAAAUAGAAGAAUCUGUAGUACCAGUAACAGAUGAAAGUAAUGCUGAUAGUAGUGUUAAUAUUAGUCAUUCAAAUGGUGUUAAAAACAGUAAUAAUGUUGGUUUAAGUAAUGCUAGUAGUGCUACUGGAGUAAAUAAUGCUGGUGGAAAUGCUGUAAAUAUGAUAAGUAAUGACCAAAUUAAUCACCAACUUGCUAGACAAAUUGAAACUAGUGACCACCAUGUUUCUAUGAGUAGUAGGAGAGUCAGCCAAGUUACAUCCAAUAAUCCUAUUGAAAAAGGAGAAGUAUUUGGUGGAAAUGGAAAUUCUGUAACUAGUAAUGGAAUUAAGUCUGGAGGAAAUAUUCAUGAGAAUUCUAAUGGAUUAGGUCUUACUACAGAUUUUCUUGUUACUGAAAGAACAGAUGGCAAUACAAUAAGUAAACAGUUUUCUCAAAUGUUAACUAGUGGAUUAAAUCAUAAACAAUAUAAUCCAGGAGUCUCAGCUGUUGUAAUUAUUGAGUAUUUGAACUUCAUACUUCGAAUUACUAACGAUAAAAUUAUUUGGAGAGAAGUCUUUUUGGAUUACGUAAAAAGAUCUCCAAGGAUUGCUGAUAUUAAAUGGAUUUGUUACUCUCAAGCAUUGAAUGAAUGGAGAUUAUACAAUAAUCUUGAGGGUGCUUAUCAGAUUUUUUAUUUUGGAAUGUACUAUAGACAUUUAUUUCUGGAUGUUCCAUUUAUGUCUUGUUUUGUAUCUUUUCUAUUAGAUACUGGCAGGCUUCAACAAGCAAGGAAUACCCUUCAAUCAUCCAUUUAUGAGAUUUACAAAGAGACUGGUAAAGUUCCAAAACAGCUUUGGCUUCAAUGGUUUCAUUUAGAAAGAAUGAGUGGAUCUUCCAUUUAUUCUUUAAAUUACUUAAGUAGGAUUUAUCAAUUACAAAAAGAUGGAAGAAAUGUUGAAAUUGAUAUGCUUUUAAGUAAAAGACAGCAAAAAGCAUGGCAUGCUAUUUUAGGAGCUCCUGAAUUUGCUGAAUUAAAUAAGGAGUAUAUUGGUAAUGAUAAUAUUGAUCCUAAGACUAAAGUAUAUGGUCAUUCAUAUAUUUUUAAUCCAAUUGAUGAUGAUACUAUAAUGGGAGCUUUAUCAUCAACUAACUUAAAUGAUAAUACUGGAUGUGCAAGUAACAUUACCAAUAACUUUAAUAAUGUAAUUCAGAACCAAAAAGGAACAAAUACUAUUGGAGCAGGAAUGAUUGGAAAUUCAAGACGAAAUUUAGAACCUAUUAAUUCUAACAAAUUCAUAUUAACUUGCCCAAGUAAAUUCAGAACAGCCUUUGAGUGUUUUAGACUUGGUUCUAUAUACCCAAAUAGUUCUUGGUCAGAGUUUUAUCUCGAAGGAGAGGAAGGACAGAAUUUGUUUAUGCAAGGAGUGGGUUUAUCUUCUCAAGUUGAGGAUGAGAGAAUGGCUAUGGGAUAUUGUAGUAAUUGUUCCAAAUCAUCAAAAUUGGCAAUUAAUGGGAAUAAUAAUAAUAAUAAUAAUAAUAAUAAUAAUAAUAAUAAUAAUAACAACUUUAGCUCAAAUAUUGUUUCUAAUACUAAUUGUACUUGCCAGACUAAGUCAAAAAGUAUUAGUAAUUCAUCUAGAGCAAUUUCAGAAGAAGGUAAACCUGCCACAUCUCUGAAUGUAUCUUCUUCUUCUUCUUCUUCUUCUUCUUCUGGUAACUGUGGUUAUAUUUCUGGUGGUAGAGACACUAAAUAUUAUAAUGAUCAGAGUAACCAUGUUGAUCUAGAUGAUGAUUUUGAGAGUUUCCUGCUUCAAAGACCUUUUGAAUUUAAGCUUACUCAAGGAAGAUUAGGAGGAACAAGGAUGUUAAGAAGAAGAGUUGGGGAAUCUGAUGGAAUAAGAAAUUCUCAGACAGUAUUAGGAGGUACUAAUAUUAAUGCUAAUAGUAUUGAUAGAUAUUUUAAUACUAGUGGUGGGGUAGUUAUGGAUGAGGAUGAAGAUUAUUACUGUUAUGAAAAUUCAGACUUGGAUAGUAUAGAAGGUUUAGAUGAUGAGGAAAUGGAAUAUUAUUAUUUAAACAACAGAACAUCAGAUUUUACUCAUAUUAAUGAGUUUAAAUGGUCUAGAGUGGGAAGAAGUUUAUGUUCAAAACCAGAUACCUCAACUAUGGUUAAAUUUAAAUUUGAGACUUAUCCAAUUAAAAAUAACUCAAUAACUGGUGUAUCAACACAAUUACAAAGUCAAAUAUUAAAAAGUACUUUAAGUAAUUUAAACAAUGGAGAUGUAUUAAAUAAUAUAGAAGAAAUGCAAGAUUUUAAUUCUUUUAUGGAGGAUACUAAUAAAUCUUUCAAUACUUUAUUACCUAAAGGAAUAGUUGACUUUGUUGCUUUACUUCCUCCUAGAAAUAUUCCAACAAGUUCAAUUAGAAAUUUACUUGGUAUUACUCAAGAAGUUGUUGAUCUUUUAUUAACUAAUCUUCAGACAUGCCUUCUACCUCAAAAACUUGAUGUAUAUAAAUACUCUCCAAUGACAUCCCUGGCAUAUUUAUGCAAUCAAAAAAAUAAUCAAGUAAAUAAUAAUAAUAAUAAUAAUAAAGAUGAUGAACAUAAUAAUAUGAAUGAUUAUAAUGAUGAGCAGAAUAAUAAUGGAAAUAAUUCAAAUAAUAAUCCAGAUUUUGUUAUACCACGUAAAUCUUCAAUAGGUACCGGAUUUUCAGAUCCUAUUUCUAAUAUCUCCUUAAUUGACAAUCAAAACCUAAAUAAUUUAAAAUCUUCUAUCUCCUCAAAUACUAAUUUUGAUCUCAAUACAUUGCAAGAAAUUAUUCAAAAAUCCGUUCCUUGGAUUUCUACUAGUAAUAAUAAUAAUAUGAAUAUGAAUACGAAUACAGGUAACGAUUUAUUAAAUAAUGCAAAUAACAGUUCUAGUAAUAACACGUUUUUCACCCCAUGUAAUGUACCGAAUCCAAACAGAUUUUCCAAUAAACCCAAAAAUUCGAAUUCGAAAGUACAAAUCCAACUUUAA